GGGACCUAGGCUGCCAGAGGAGCCACUCUGGAGAGUUGCAGGUUGCCUUGUGUCUACUGCGAAAAAAAUGCACAACCUAAAAGUUGAGAAUUAUGUUUUAUUUGGCAGACAAAACUGAGGACUUAAACCCAGGAUGCAGCCUCUCAGAUGCUCUGAGGGACUGCUCUGAAGAGAUAAGGGAGGAGCCAGGAUAUAUAGGAGUUUUUGCAAAGACCAGAUAGUCGGAACUUCAAAAGAUUACUGUUAAUGAAAGAAAAACAGAUAUCUCAAGAUGAUGAAUUUUCUGUGUAUGGGACGAGGUAAGAGUCUGGGCUCAUUGAUAUGCACCUUAGCUAUCUAGGGCCAGUGUCCUGUUCUUUCCCAUCCUGAGUCCCCUCUGGCAUCACCCGUGGCUUGAUAGCUGCAGCAUCCUUUAUUUACUGAUAAUGACAGGCAACAUUUUUUUCAUUCACACUUGGUAAGCAGUGGACAAAGGAGCAUAGCAAAGCUUGCGCUGGUCUUGAAGUCUCACUUCAAGUCUCACUUGAUGUUUCACUUCUUACAUUUCACUGGUCAAAACAAAGUCACCUGAGCAAGUCUGACUUCAAGAGAGAAGGGAGGGGCAGCAAAUCUUACAGAACAGUAAUACAGAAUACCACAAAGACCUUCCAUCAUCUGGUACCACCUAGUUUUUUCAGACUUCUUCCUACUACCUGGGACCAAAUCUUUCUGAAUUAGCUCAUACUCCUCACUGCCCCCUAAACAAUCUCUGAACUUUCCUCCCUCCAUGUCUUGCCUUUCCUCUAUGAGUUAUGCCCUUCCAUCAUUUGAUUGAUCAAUGUUUACUGGAACAUCUACUGUAUGCAAACCCCAGUUUUUAGUACUGUGCGUAAUGUGGAAGUGACUUUCUUUUUAAAUGUUAUCUUUCAAAAUCACAUAAAAAUCAUUUUUUCCAUUAAACCUUUCUUAAUUCCUUCAACCCAUACCAAAUUCUAUAAAUUUCUUCAAUAUAAACAGAUACAAUUGUCCACCUCUUUAGGACACAAAUGCUGUUGUACAGCAUUCUUCUAUGUGUUUUCUAGUUGAAUGUUUUGCUCCCCUGACCAGAUUAUAGACUCUGAGAGUAAGAGCAGCACUUUUUUAUGACCUCUGGAACCCUCAAAGCCUUGCAAAAGAGUAAGCACAGAGCAUUUAAUCCUUAUUUAUUUCAAUGCCUCAGCAGAAGGAACUGACUCAAACUUCAGGAAGUAGCUGUGAAGACAGGGUAGCAGGAAAUGACAGAAAACCUGAAUACGGAACUGAAGCAGCAGCUCAGAGUUUCUUGCUCUGAAGUGGCAGCAGCUAGAGAGGAGCCGAGUGUCUACUUGAGGAGCUGAGAGCUUAGAGCAAACGCUUGCGCGGUUGAAGAUGUGGAAGUCUGUAGUAGGUCAUGAUGUAUCUGUUUCCGUGGAGACCCAGGGUGAUGAUUGGGACACAGACCCUGACUUUGUGAAUGACAUCUCUGAGAAGGAACAACGGUGGGGAGCCAAGACCAUCGAGGGCUCUGGACGCACAGAGCACAUCAACAUUCACCAGCUGAGGAACAAAGUGUCAGAGGAGCAUAAUGUUCUCAAGAAGAAGGAGAUGGAAUCAGGGCCCAAAGCAUCCCACGGCUACGGAGGUCGGUUUGGGGUGGAAAGAGACCGAAUGGACAAGAGCGCUGUGGGCCAUGAGUAUGUUGCUGAGGUGGAGAAGCACUCUUCUCAGACUGAUGCUGCCAGAGGCUUUGGGGGCAAAUACGGAGUUGAGAAGGACAGGGCAGACAAGUCAGCUGUUGGCUUUGAUUACAAAGGAGAAGUGGAAAAACACACAUCUCAGAAAGAUUACUCUCGUGGCUUCGGUGGCCGUUAUGGGAUAGAGGAGGACAAACGGGACAAGGCAGCUCUGGGAUAUGACUACAAGGGAGAGACAGAGAAACACGAAUCCCAAAGAGAUUAUGCCAAGGGCUUUGGUGGUCAGUAUGGCAUCCAAAAGGACCGAGUGGAUAAGAGUGCUGUUGGUUUCAAUGAAAUGGAGGCCCCAACCACAGCUUAUAAGAAGACAACACCCAUAGAGGCUGCUUCCAGUGGCGCCCGUGGGCUGAAGGCAAAAUUUGAAUCCAUGGCUGAGGAAAAGAGGAAGCAGGAGGAAGAGGAGAAGGCACAACAGAUAGCCAGGCAGCAACAGGAGAGAAAGGCCUUGGUAAAGAUGAGCCAGGAGGCUAAGCCACCAGUGGCCACUAUGGAAGAGCCAGUGGUGUCAGCCCCAUUGCCCAAGAAAAUCUCCUCAGAGGCCUGGCCUCCAGCAGGGAGCUGUCUGUCAUCAGAGUGUGGGCCUGUGAGAACCAGUAGGGAACAACCAGUGCCUACCCAGCCCCCAAGGCAGAAUCCCCCAGAGGACAAUGAGGAGCCCCCAGCUCUGCCCCCCAGGACUCCAGAAGGCUUCCAGAUGGAGGAAGAGCCAGUGUAUGAAGAAGCACCUGAGCCUGAGCCCGAGCCUGAACCCGAGCCUGAACCCGAGAAUGACUAUGAAGAUGUUGGGGAAAUGGACAGACAUGAGCCGGAUGAGGAACCAGAGGGCGACUAUGAAGAUGUGCUCGAGCCUCAGGAUCCCUCUUUUUCCUCCACUCUGGCUGGAUCAUCAGGCUGCCCGGCUGGGGCUGGGGCUGGGAUCUCAGCUGUAGCCCUGUAUGAUUACCAAGGAGAGGGAAGUGAUGAGAUUUCCUUUGAUCCAGAUGACAUCAUCACUGACAUUGAGAUGGUGGACGAGGGCUGGUGGCGGGGACGUUGCCAUGGCCACUUUGGACUCUUCCCUGCAAAUUAUGUCACGCUCCUCCAGUAACUGUGGCUGUCUGUCUUCUGCACUGUGACUUCCCUUGUCCCAAGUGGCUCUGCCUCCACCCACUUUCCAUUUCUGCUGCAAGUGUCUGACAGGAUGUCAUGAGUUGCCUGAAGCUCUAGACAGACUUCCCUCUCCCUCUCCAUUAGGGUUUGGGGCAGAGACAGCAUGAGGAAGGAGGCCUCCUUCCCCUCGGUGUCCUGUCUAUCCUGGAUACCCUAGAUGAUCUCAGGGAUGUUUAUCUUGUAUCCUGCCUCCUUCCCCAUGAAUCCCCCCUCUAACACCCACCCACCCCCACUCUACCUUCCUUUGUUUGUAAACUCUGAGCUUCCUGGUUUGCUUACCUGGGAAGGUAUGUUUAUAUUUCCUGGUUGUGCUGUUUGCUUACUUUCCUUCUCUGCAGAAAUAUCUCUGAAUCUUCGCUCUGCUCAGUCCUAAAGUGGAAAUAAAGUGGGACCAUGGCUCACCUCUAUUCUGAGGUAAAUAGUACUUUUUAUGCAGCCCUCAAUGGUCCUGACUCUCAUGGCUCCAAUUCUCCUUCCAUCUUUCAGGGAUAUCCAGAAAACUGUCUCCUCCACUGCCCAUCACUCUGCACCCUGGGUGUCAAGGGCUUUGCCCUUUCCUUAGACUCUACUGAUACCCAGUCCAAAACAAGAUGGGCCUGGGGAAUGGCAGUAAGGUAGGGGAACAGGGACCAGGAAGGGUCCACGAUAAGACAGUUCAACUUCUGCUGGCUUCAGCAGUUGUGAGAGGCCAGCCACUUUCUGCCUGGGAGUAAUGACUACACUCUUUUAGUGCAUAAUGAUUCUUGAGGCAAAAGCACAAAUUAGGGGAAAGGAAGGAGGAAAAGAUUUAGCCAAGAAAAAAAUAAAGAAACAAUGAGGUGUUAAGAGGAUUUAGAGUGACAGUGGCCUCUACUAGAGAAAGUCUAGGCUUCCUUGUAGCUGGAUGAAUGAAAUCGAUGGUCAUGUAAGAAGGUAGAUUGAGGAAGCUCAUAAAGUUUCUGUGUGGUCCAGAGCUGAGGCUGCUGAUAGGAGAAGAAGUGAGGACCUUUGGAUGGCCAGUGAUAGGCAAAAAGCAAAUCACCAAGCAAAGUAUGGGGAUGAGGGAGAAUGAAAGGCCAGGACACGGUGAGUUUAUUCUAACCCCAGGCCAUUGGGCUCGGCAAGGUCCAGAAUAGGAGAUCCUAGGCAAAACCAAAAUCAAAUCGAAAUGAAAGUCAGGGAUUUGGUAUAGGGGAUCUUUGGUUGGUGGAAAAUAGAAGUCUGUGCUAUAACUGGUAUCUGAAGUUGGGUUCAGCUUUCAAAGAUGGAGAAGACAGUGGGAUCAAGGAAGAGCUAGGAUUGGUGUCUGAGACCCGUAGUUGCUGCAGGACUUUAUAAAGUUCAUUGGUGAGCUGUGCAUGUGCUUAGAGCACUGCAUCCCUCAGGCUCAUUCCUUGGCUUUUCUUCAAGACACACACACCUUUGUUUCCACAGCGACCUCUAUGCCAGUGAGUCACACAUCUGUCUCUACACCUCACUUAUAAGAUUCACCCAGUUAGACUUUCAGAGUGAAAAGCAGCUUUUAUUUCUGCCUAUAGAGACAUUGGGGUUUCCAGUGUAUAGAGGUAAGUCACACUAGAUAUACACAAUCUCAUUCUUCACUUCAGUUUGAUCUGACAUCACACAUAGAUCAGACUUUUGCAGUGGUUUUAUUCUUACAUCCAAGUUCCACCUUGCUUUUCACUUUUCCCUUCAUUAUAAGACAGAAACUUCUUUUCCAGAUCCUUAUAUUAUUAAGGCAAUAAAGUCCUUUCUGCCUCAGUUCUAUAGACCUCGCCCUCCACAUUCGGCUGAUCUCUACCUGGACUGACUUUCUUGGCGGUGAUUCUCUUCAAGGGCUCUGCUCGCAGACACCUCCCUGUCCAGGCUGUGUUCUUGGGUCCACAGUCCCCUUUCACUCUCCUUAGCUGCUUCUUAAUCUGAAGCCGUGUCUAGCCGUCUUGCCUCUCUCAGAUGAUGCUUGCUGCACGUGCUGCUCACUACAGCUUCAUCCCACUAAUCAAAUCAUUUGUCUACUCCACUGUCUCUCUAAAAGGCUUCCCUUUUUCUCCAAUUGCCCUCUCACCAUAAAAUGUGCUUGAUUGUGUAGGCCAGUGGAUACCUGCAAUACUCUGGUUUCCUGCGACAUAUACAAUUAGAUACCUUGUAAAAUGUGUUUGAUGAUGUUGAUCAGCUCAGUAUUGUGCUGAAGGCAGCAGCUGGGAAAGUAAAGUGUGCCUGGAAGGGUGGGGCCCACAGAGCAGUGCGGUUAGUCUCCUGAAUGCCCUCCCGAACCCUGGGCUGCCCAGAGUGUCAAGGAAGAGCCCUCUGCUCUCUUCCUUUCUCUGUACUUCUCAUCCAGCUCACGGUAGCCCCAGAUUUUCACCUCCCUUAGUCUACAGCUCCCCUUGCUUUCUUUUUCUAAUAAAAUAAGAAACCCAAAAUGGAUUUUCAGAAACUUCUUCCUCCAUAUAGGAAGGACUAGAUUCAAAACACAUGGAACUGAACCCUGGAUCGGUUCCUUUUCUCCCACUUCACUGCUUAGCUGUCGCAGUUAUUCAUCUUCACUGAAUAAAAUCUUAGCUCACACUCUAGUUAUAUUUUUUAGAAAAUGGCGCCUUAUAUACAAAUGUGAAAUAUAAACCAAACAAUAAGGAUUAGGAAAAAUAGAGUUACGUUACUGAAUAGUACCAAGUGGCACAUUAUAAUGGAAGAUAAGCAUACUUCUACUCUGGGAUUUGCUCUAAUGCCUUCUCAGGGGUGUCAUCUACUUCAUCUAUACCAGCUCUGGACCAUGUUCAGAGGGAAACCCAGGCAAUAACAAACAUUCAUAUUGACUAGACUCUUUUUUGUUGUCGUUGGUUAAAUUCUUUGUUCUCUGCUUCCCCACAAUGCCCAUCCUCCUUUUCCCUUCUUUCUCACUUGCUGAGGACUGCUAGGAAAAUGGCAUCAAUUAAGGAGAGAGGGUUAGGGUUAGGGCUAGGGCUAGGGUGAGGGUUAGGUUAGGGUUAAGAUAAAUAGUUCAACCUUCCUGGCUUCAGCUAUACCUGGAGAGCUGAUAGGAUAUACUUUUUGCACUGUGACCCAAGGACGUGAAGCCACACCAAACAAACCAGCUCCAUUUGGUUCCCAACUUAAAAUCAUCAUGUGUCUAAAACCUAUUUGGUAAAGAAAGAAGAGCUACAUGAAAUCAUGACCAUUGUAGAUAACUAUGUGAGAUAAGAAUCGGCUGUACUAAAAAGCUUAUCCUAAUUUACUGCCAUUGGCAUGUCAUUCUUUAGGGCAGUUGUUCUCAACCAGGAGUGGUUUUGCUCCCAGAGGAUUUUUAGCAAUGUCUGGAGACAUUUUUGGUUGUUAUAGCUGUAGGGGUGCUACUGGUAUCUAUUGGAUAGAGGUCAAGGAUGUUGCUAAACAUCCUACAACACAUAGGACAGUCCCUUAUGACAAAGAAUUAUCCAGUCUAAAAUGUCAGUAGUUCCAUGAAACCCUGCUUUAGGGGAUGCCAGUAUCUAUUGUGUAUUUUUAUUUUACUUUUGUUCUCAUAAGUUUUAACUAUUUGUUACCAAAACCCAGAAGUGUCACACAUUUUUGACAGAAUGCAGUCAUGGCCAGCAAUAGGUAAGAGCAAUUAUAGGGAAUCACUAUGUUCAGAUGUCUUCCUUCUCAAGAUUCCCGAUGGGGUACUCAAGUGAUGUCUAGGACCUGGCGACUGGUACCACAGGAGCUGCAGUGGGCCUUGUCUGGACUUUUCCAGAUGCGAGGUCUCCCUGGGCUACCCUGUGCAUUCUGACAUGACACUGAAGUUGGUGUUAGUGUCUCGUGAUCAUUUCACUUAGCCCAGGGUGGUGCUGGCCCGUGCCUGUGGUCUCCCUAAUCCAGACGGAUAAUAUAAUUUUCAGAGGAAAAGAACCUUGACUCUCAAAUCACUAUUAAAAUGUUUGAAAGUAG